CAGCAGGGGGCGAUACGCGCCGCACUGCGCUCACCUUCAGCUCCAGCGGCUGCAGUGAGGAAGCCGGAACAUGUACAAGGUGGGGGGUAUAGCCGGACUCUCGGGGGCUCUGGGCCUGUGGUCAGCGUCCGUUCUGGCUGCAGAAGGUGAGAAGCCCAGCGAAGGAAUCGGCAUAGACGAGCUUUCUCUCUACACGACCCCCCCGCAGAAUCUCCGCUAUGUGGAGCCAGAGAGAGGGCAGGUGGAGGAGGGCGUGGCCACAGUCAGGAAACUGGCAGAACCUUAUACCUCCUGGGGACAGCAAACAACCGACAUGGCUAAAGAGAAAGUUCAGGGCGUGUACGGAGCGGUCAAGCCUAAAGUGGAUGGUGCAGUUCAGUUUGGACAAGACUCUUACACAUAUCUGAAGAACCCUCCAUCGGAGUUCUACCCCAGAGCCGGAGUGAUCGGCUUCGCUGGGAUCCUCGGGCUCUUCCUGGCGAGAGGUUCCAGGCUGAAGAAGCUGGUGUAUCCCACAGGUCUGAUGGCUGUAGGUGCCUCGCUGUACUACCCGCAGCAGGCAGCCACCAUCGCUAAGAGCUCAGGGGACGCGCUGUACGACUGGGCCCUGCAGGGCUACGUCGCUGUGGAGAAGCUCGUUACAGGCAAAGCUGCACAGAAGACGGAGAAGGCCGAGGAGAAGCCGUCCAGCGGAGAGGCCGCAGCUUAGGUAUUGCGUCCAUGUGGGGUUGCCGUGGCGAUGGUGUAGUGUUACCUGUGAGCUCAGGUGUGGCGGGUUGCAUAACCGCCCCUCCCCCUCUCUUUUUCCAUCUAUCUCUCUCUCUCUCUCUCUCUCUGUCUCACUCGCUCCCUGCGGCGCCCCCUUUGUCCUGCUUUUGCACUAGCCUCCUCACCUGCCACUCAGAGCAGAAGGGGGCGUGGCCUGUGUGAAGCGUUUUAAACUACUGCAGGGGAUUUUAAUGUAUAUUUAUGUACAAACCAAAAUAAAUGUGAUCUGCAUUCA